CUUAAAGAGAGAAUGCUGUUUGGAAACGGACAUGCUAGCACGUUGUUGAACUCAAUUAAUUCUCCAACCAUGCAUGGAGCCUACUUCAAGAGGGCGUGCACUUGUUUGAUUCCUCUUCGCACAUUUUUGCAGAUUGAAUCCAGGCCCCAUCACGGCGUUUUUUGCCUGGAUGAGGGUGGUAAGCUAGUUGGAGGAUGUCAGACCACAGCCACCCUCCACCAUCGGCGGUCCUUGACCACCACUUUUGCUGCCCAGACAAGUCCAUCUAAUGUUUUGAGCGCCCAUGGAGACUACGAUGCCGAUCAGAUUCAGGUGCUGGAAGGCUUGGAUCCUGUCAGGAAGCGGCCUGGCAUGUACAUCGGAAGCACGGGUCAGCGGGGCCUUCAUCAUCUGGUGUAUGAAAUCCUGGACAACGCCAUCGAUGAAGUUCAGAGCGGCUAUGCGCACACUGUCAAGGUGGAGAUGGAUUUGACCAGCGGGUGGGUCACCAUAUCGGAUGACGGGCGGGGGAUCCCCACCAACACACACCCACAGACAGGCCGCUCCGCUCUGGAGACUGUGCUGACGGUGCUGCAUGCUGGCGGAAAGUUUGGAGGGCAGGGGAGCGGGUACAGUGUCUCUGGGGGGCUGCAUGGCGUGGGGAUUUCAGUGGUCAACGCGCUCUCAGAACAACUCCAUGUCACUGUCUGGCGGCAAGGCAAGGAGUUCCAGCAGAGCUACAGGCAGGGCCGGCCCAUGACAGAGCUGCUGGAGGCUCAGCUGCCAAAGAAGGACUCCAAAAAGUCUGGAACACAAGUGAAGUUCCUGUACGAUAAGGAUGUCUUUGCCAAAGGGGUGACAAUGGACCCAAAGACCAUCCGCACUCGUCUGCAGGAGCUGGCUUUCCUAAACAGCAAUGCCACAAUCUGGUUCAGGACAAUCGAGUCAGGCAGCGCACCGAGCAACGGCAAUGGUGCAAGCCCUCCCCCAGAGCCUGAGUGGGAGAAGCUUCACUUUGAUGGCGGCCUCUGCGAGUAUGUGAAGUAUCUCAACCGGGACUCGCAGCCCAUGCACGAGCCCAUUUUUGUGACGGAAAAGGUGGACGGCGUCGUUGUGGAAGUUGCUCUGCAAUGGUGCAGCGAUACGUUCUCAGAUCUGCUCAUCGGCUUUGUCAACAGCGUCAAAACAAUAGACGGCGGCACGCACAUCGAUGGAUUGAAGGCGGCUUUGACCCGGACGCUGAACACAUUAGGGAGAAAGACAAAGGCCCUGAAGGAGAAUGAGGCCAACCUCGCUGGGGAUCACAUCCGCGAGGGGCUGAGCUGCGUCAUUUCUGUGAAGGUGCCAGAGCCUGAGUUUGAGGGGCAGACGAAGACCCGACUAGGCAACCCAGAAGUCCGCAAGAUAGUCGAUGCCUGCGUGGCAAAGGGGAUCAUGGAGAGCCUAGAAAUGGACACAGCGACGCUGGGGCUUGUUCUGGGAAAGGCUGUGGCGGCCUGGCGCGCGGCGGAGGCGGCCAAAAAGGCGCGGGAGCUGGUGCGGAGAAAGAGUCUUCUGACCAAAUCUACGCUGCCUGGGAAGCUUUCGGACUGCACAUCCACGGACAAAGCCCUCUCGGAGAUUUUCGUGGUCGAGGGGGACUCAGCAGGGGGAAGCGCCAAGCAGGCUAGGGACAGGCGCUUCCAAGCCGUGCUGCCGCUGCGCGGCAAGAUCUUGAAUGUCGAGAGGAAGGAUGAUGCGGCCCUCUACAAGAACAAUGAGAUCUCGAAUCUCAUUGUGGCCCUUGGACUGGGCUUGAAGGGCGAGGAAAUGCCAAAUUUGCGCUACGGCAAGGUCAUUCUACUGACAGAUGCUGAUGUGGAUGGCGCACACAUCCGGACGCUCUUGCUGACCUUUCUGUUCAGAUACGCCCGCGAUCUGUUUGAUAGAGGUCACAUCUAUGUCGGCGUACCCCCCCUUUACAAAUUGGAGGUGGGACGCUCUAGCGUGUACCUCUACAGCGAAGGAGAGCUAUCUGCGCGCACGCAGGGACUGGCCUCAGGCAGCUACACUGUACAACGUUUCAAGGGUCUUGGGGAGAUGAUGCCUGACCAACUGUGGCACACAACCCUCAAUCCAGCCACGCGCAUGCUGAAGCGGCUGACUGUGAACGACGCAGCUGAGGCGAGCCACCUGUUCGCUUUACUCAUGGGGGAUAAAGUGGAGCCGAGGCGUGCCCUCAUACAGGCGCACGGAGCAAGUCUUGCAUUAGAAGACCUCGACAUUUAAUUGUGCGCUUGUUGACAGACAGAUGUUGCAUUCCUGUGCAAUAUCUGGGAUGCGGGAGGUUCUCAGUGGUGCUGCAGAAUGUGCAGGGCCAAAUAGCAUGUAUGCGUGCUGCUUGACACCAGCUUGAAACUUGUGUAAUAAUUCCAAUGUGC